CUGAACAACAGCGGAAUUCAGUGGAAUUCGGAUGCUGACGAACCUCUUCAGCACUCUUUGGGCGGUUUGUUGAAGUCCACGGAGUCCUUCGCCCGCACAGCCAUUGACUGCGGUUGGUGCCAAGCCAGCGAAGCGGGAGCCAUGCCUGUCCCCGCUGGAUACCUCAGCGACUCCCCCGCCGCGGCCUUUACAUCCUCGGCCUCACUUAUCCCGCCACCACCGAUAAACACUCAUCAGCCCGGUGUUGUCACCUCCCUCUUGUACAGUGGCUCCAAGUUCAGAGGGCACCAGAAAAGCAAAGGGAACUCUUACGAUGUGGAAGUUGUGUUGCAGCAUGUCACGAUGGAGGAUUCCUACCUGUGUGGCUACCUGAAGAUUAAAGGACUGACAGAGGAAUAUCCGACGCUGACCACGUUCUUUGCCGGGGAAAUCAUCAGCCGGAAGCGGCCGUUUCUCACUCGGAAGUGGGAUGCAGACGAGGACGUGGAUCGAAAGCACUGGGGCAAGUUCAACGCCUUCUACCAAUAUGCAAAGACGUUCAACUCUGACGAGUUUGACUACGAGGAUCUGAAGAACUCGGACUAUAUUUUCAUGCGGUGGAAGGAGCAGUUCCUGGUCCCCGACCACACGAUCAAAGACAUUAGCGGAGCUUCAUUUGCUGGGUUCUAUUACAUUUGCUUCCAAAAGUCCACGGCGACGAUUGAGGGCUACUACUACCACAGGAGCUCAGAAUGGUACCAGUCGUUAAACCUCACCCACGUCCCCGAGCACAGCGCCGCCAUCUACGAGUUCCGGUGA